UGUAAAUUUAUUGAGACCACCAGAAAUGAAGGCUUUUACACAAAUACCUAAGCUAUGAUUAGCUCCAAUGGUCAGAAUCGGGACACAUCCUUUUAGAAUUCUAGCUUUGAGAAAUGGAGCUGAUAUUGUGUAUACUGAAGAGAUAAUAGACAAGAAGCUGGCCAAUGUAGAACGAAGGGAAAAUCAUGAGCUAAAAACAGUGGAUUUUGUACACAAGAAGGAUGAGAAGGUGGUCCUGAGGGUCUCUAGUGAGGAGAAAGGGAAAGUUGUGUGCCAGAUAGGCACGAAUAGUGUGGAAGGAGCGGUGAAGGCAGCGUUGAUGGUAAAGGGUUAUGUAGCAGGGGUUGAUGUUAAUAUGGGAUGACCUGAGUACUUCUCUGUUCAUUCUGGAAUGGGGGCUGGGUUGUUGGAAGUUCCAGAUCGAGCGAAAAGUAUCAUGCAAGCGUUGAAGGAGACUUUGGAAGUCCCUGUGAGUUGUAAAAUAAGGAUUCUACCUAAAGAAGAGGAUACGCUAGAGUUUAUCAAAGCGAUGCAAUCGGUAGAGGUUGAUCAUCUUUCAAUCCACUCUAGAAUCCGUGAAGAGUUUUCUAGAGGGUAUGCUCACUGGUCUAUUGUCAAGAAAGCAAUGGAGGAUGAGAAAAUCACUAUUCCGAUAAGAGCUAGUGGUGACUGAUUCAGUAUCAAUGAUGCAAUUGAAAUGAAUAAAUACACAUCUUGUGAGGGAAUCCUGAUAGCAAGAGGAGCUUGCCAUAACCCAGCAAUUUUUAAAGAUAUCAAAAAAUAUUGGACAACCAAUUCACAGAAUGAGGACCUCAAAGAGAAAGCAAAAUAUUUAUACUCAGAACAUAAGAAACCUCUUAAUGAAUGAGGUCUUGAAAAUCUAGCUGAGAAGAGUGAAAUACUCAAUCAGUUAAAGCCAGAAGCUACAGAUACUCUAAGCAAAAGUCAGGCUAAGAAAAGAGCAAAAAGAAUACUUAAUAAAAUGAAGAAGAGCUCUUCAGAGCAAAAAGGAGCAGAUGGUAAGCAAUCAAAAAUAUUAGCAAAGAUGAUUGAAAGGAGAAAUAUUGGGUGCAGAAAGGUUGAUAUCAUACCUCUCUGCCAGGAUUAUUUAAAACUAGCAAUUGAGUAUGGCAAUAAUUUUGGAAACACAAAAUAUACUCUUAACUACAUGUUGAGAACCCAUAAGGAUCAGGAGGUAGUAUUUAAUAAGAUAACAUCUGCCCAAAAUAUGCAAGAAUUAGCUCAAGCGAUCACUAUGGAUGAUUUCUAUUCAAAGAUGGUAUCAAGGCAGCCUUCAUUGAAAUCUUAUUUUGAUAAUACAUUCUAUAAAUAA